GCCACCGGACCCUCUUCGUGGGGGUCCGCAUGCCGCGGCAGGGCCACCGCCACCACAAGCCCCACGGCUCCCGGCACCGCAAGAGAGACCGCCGGGCCCCCCAGGCCUCGGAGGCCGAGACCGCCUCCCACGACACCCCCUCCCAGCGGGUGCAGUUCAUCCUGGGGACGGAGGAGGACGCGGAGCACGAGGCCCACGAGCUGUUCACCGAGCUGGACGAGAUCUGCGUCAAGGAGGGCAAGGACGCCGAGUGGAAGGAGACGGCCAGGUGGCUGAAGUUCGAGGAGGACGUGGAGGACGGGGGCGAGCGCUGGAGUAAGCCCUACGUGGCCACGCUGUCGCUGCACAGCCUGUUCGAGCUGCGCUCCUGCAUCAUCAACGGCAGCGUGCUGCUGGACAUGCACGCCGACAGCAUCGAGGAGAUCGCAGACAUGGUGUUGGACCACCAGGAGACGUCCCACCAGCUGGACGACAGCGUGCGCGUGAGGGUCCGCGAGGCGCUGCUGAAGCGGCACCACCACCAGAACGACAAGAAGAAGAACAACCUGAUCCCCAUCGUCCGCUCCCUGGCCGAGGGCUCCCGCAAGCAGUCAGAGACACACCUCAGCGGUUCGUCGGUGUCGGCCCAGCCCCCCACCAGCCACCUGGAGGUGAAGAACGGAGCGGGGCAGGACAGCACGCCGCCGGACCUCAGCAAGGUGGACAUGCACUUCAUGAAGAAGAUCCCUGAGGGCGCGGAGGCCUCCAACGUCCUGGUGGGGGAGCUGGACUUCCUGGAGAACCCCAUCGUGGCCUUCGUCCGUCUGUCCCCCGCGGUCCUCCUCACCGGACUCACCGAGGUCCCCAUCCCCACCAGGUUCCUGUUCAUCCUGCUGGGGCCCGACGGCAAGGCCCAGCAGUACCAUGAGAUAGGGCGCUCCAUGGCCACCAUCAUGACGGAUGAGAUCUUCCACGACGUGGCCUACAAGGCCAAGGACCGCUCAGACCUGCUGGCCGGGAUCGACGAGUUCCUGGACCAGGUGACGGUGCUCCCCCCCGGGGAGUGGGACCCCUCCAUCCGCAUCGAGCCCCCCAAGAACGUCCCCUCUCAGGUCUCUGAACCAGUCUGUGAGUCAGUCUCUGACCUGGUUUCUGACCUGAUCUCUAUCUAUGAGCUGGUCUCUGAGCUGGUUCCUGAACCGGUCUCUGAGCUGGUUCCUGAACCGGUCUCUGAGCUGGUUCCUGAGCCUGUCUCUGAGCCCGUCUCUGAGCCCGUCUCUGAGCCAGUCUCUGAGCCCGUCUCUGAGCCCGUCUCUGAGCCCAUCUCUGAGCCCGUCACUGAGCCCGUCUCCAAGCCAGUGCAGCACCCCUGUCCCGUCCUGAUGGAUUGUGAGAGGAAACGCUGUGAGGGGAACAGUGACAGAUGCUGGCGUGCUGCUGGCGGGACGGGCGUGUCCUGCGGCGGGACGCGUGUGUCUUUAAUAAACACCGCCAGCAGAGUGCUGACGUCCCGCCGGCAACACGGGACAAUGGCCCGCUGCUCCCACUUCCUGUUUGCUCUCUAA